GUCGGGAGAGCUGCCGCAGGAGCCGCGCAGGCUGCCCUCCGCCCGGAUCUGCCAAGGCCAUGUCUGUUCCAUCAUCACUGAGCCAGUCGGCCAUUAACGCCAACAGCCACGGAGGCCCCGCCCUGAGCCUACCCCUGCCCCUGCACGCUGCCCACAACCAGUUGCUCAACGCCAAGCUGCAGGUCACGGCCGUGGGACCCAAAGACCUGCGCAGUGCCAUGGGGGAGGGCGGUGGGCCUGAGCCGGGCCCAGCCAAUGCCAAGUGGCUAAAGGAGGGCCAGAACCAGCUUCGGCGGGCUGCCACGGCCCACCGUGAUCAGAACCGAAACGUGACCUUGACCCUGGCAGAGGAGGCCAGCCAGGAACCUGAAACGGCACCCUUGGGCCCCAAAGGCCUGCUGCACCUGUACUCUGAGCUGGAGCUUUCUGCCCACAAUGCGGCCAACCGAGGGCUCCGAGGACCCGACCUGAUCAUCAGCUCCCAAGACCAGGGGCCAGACGAGGGAGAGGAGAAGGCAGCGGGGGAAGCAGAGGAGGAGGAGGACGAGGAAGAGGACGAGGAGGAGGAGGAGGACUUGUCUUCUCCCCCAGGGCUGCCCGAGCCCCUGGAGAGUGUGGAGGUGCCCCCUGCAUCCCAGGCCCUGGUAGACGGCCCCCGGGAGCACAGCAAGAGUGCCAGCCUCCUGUUUGGCAUGCGGAACAGUGCAGCCAGUGACGAGGACUCAAGCUGGGCUACCUUAUCCCAGGGCAGCCCCUCCUAUGGCUCCCCGGAGGACACAGAUUCCUUCUGGAACCCCAACGCCUUCGAGACGGAUUCCGACCUGCCGGCUGGAUGGAUGAGAGUUCAGGACACCUCAGGGACCUACUACUGGCACAUCCCGACGGGGACCACCCAGUGGGAACCCCCUGGCCGGGCCUCCCCCUCCCAGGGGAGCAGCCCCCGAGAGGAGUCCCAGCUCACCUGGACAGGCUUUGCCCACGGAGAAGGCUUUGAGGAUGGAGAAUUUUGGAAGGAUGAACCCAGUGAGGAGGCCCCAAUGGAUCUGGGAUUGAAGGACCCUGAGGAGGGCACGCUGCCCUUCCCGGCUCAGAGCCUUAGCCAGGGAAAGGACCUGCUGCUGCAGCUGGAGGAGGAGACGCUGAAGCUGGUGGAGCCGCAGAGCAGCCUGCUGCACGCCCAGCCCAUCGUCAGCAUUCGCGUGUGGGGCGUCGUUAAGGACAGUGGAAGGGACUUUGCCUACGUAGCUCGUGAUAAGCUGACCCAGAUGCUCAAGUGCCACGUGUUUCGCUGUGAGGCACCCGCCAAGAACAUCGCCACCAGCCUGCAUGAGAUCUGCUCUAAGAUCAUGGCGGAACGGCGCAAUGCCCGCUGCUUGGUAAAUGGACUCUCCCUGGACCACUCUAAACUUGUGGAUGUCCCUUUCCAAGUGGAAUUCCCAGCGCCUAAGAAUGAGUUGGUACAAAAGUUCCAAGUCUAUUACCUGGGGAAUGUGCCUGUUGCUAAACCUGUUGGGGUAGAUGUAAUAAAUGGGGCCCUGGAGUCCGUCCUGUCCUCCAGUAGCCGGGAGCAGUGGACCCCAAGUCACGUCAGCGUGGCCCCUGCCACCCUCACCAUCUUGCAUCAGCAGACGGAGGCAGUGCUGGGAGAGUGUCGGGUGCGCUUCCUCUCCUUCCUGGCGGUGGGCAGAGAUGUCCACACGUUCGCAUUCAUCAUGGCUGCCGGCCCAGCCUCCUUCUGCUGCCACAUGUUCUGGUGCGAGCCUAAUGCCGCCAGCCUCUCCGAAGCCGUGCAGGCUGCAUGCAUGCUCCGCUACCAGAAGUGUCUGGAUGCCCGCUCCCAGGCCUCCACCUCCUGCCUCCCUGCACCCCCUGCUGAGUCCGUUGCCCGGCGCGUAGGGUGGACUGUUCGCAGGGGUGUCCAGUCGCUGUGGGGCUCCCUCAAGCCCAAACGCCUGGGGGCCCACACCCCCUGAAGCCCUCAGUUCUUCCUCCACCUGCUGGCAUUAGGCCCCAGGGAACCCAAGGGUAUGGGGCAGGGAGGGGCCCUAGAGGCUAUUCUUAGGCCUCAGCCCCACUCCCCUCCCAAGCUGCCCCUUCUCUGUAGCUGGGUUCCCUGCCUAGGGGCUGGGGUGGGGGGAGACGUCUAAUCCAUUCAAGGAAGUGACAAUACUGGAUUGAUAAGAGGAGCAGGAAGCAAAGCCAGCCCCGACUUCUCCAUCCCCACAAUUCAGGUGGAGCAGGAGGAAUGCCAGGCCAGGCCCCAUCUUCGUGGGGUCCAGCAGGGGGUGAAGUAGGGGACCAGUCCAGACAUGGGCCCCCCUCCCCCCUGCUCCAUGGCACCUCUGCUGUACUGAUAUCACUAAUAAAGUCUGUCUGCCCUGC